CUGGACUGGAGUUCAUUACAUAUUUUGUUUAUUCUAAGUAAUAAUGAUUGAAAAAUUAUUCCCAAUUGUUUAUUUAUGUGUUUGUGUAUAUUCUUCAUAUACAAAGACCAUAAACAUCGAUGUUAAUGGAACUAACUUGAAGUAUUUUGGACAUUUCUGGAAAAGUACAGGAUUUUGUCCUCCUGAUCCCAAAGAAAGUAUUCCUAAAUAUCUUCUUAGCCACGAACAAAAAACUCAUAUUGCCCUUUUGGGCUCCUUGCCUAAUAAAGGAAUAACAUAUAUAAGAAUUCACUGGUUGCUCAAUCUGCUAACUUUGGAAAGGAAUGCCACUAAUGAAUAUAUUUACAAUUUUACACAUUUGGACAAAUUCAUGAAGGUUUUAAAUGACAACGGUUUAUCUCCAGGCUUUGAAAUGAUGGGAUGUAAUACAAAUUUUGUUAAUUUUGAUAAGAAUAAAAUUAGCUGGUUGAAAUUAGUCCACCAAAUUGCAAGUAGAUACAUUGAUCAUUUUGGCGUGGAAAGCGUUUCGAAAUGGAGAUUUGAAUCCUGGAAUGAACCAGAUUUGAAAGGCUAUAAUUGUUUAAAUAUAUCUGCGUUAGAAUAUCUCGACUACGUUUCGGCGACCAACGAAGGGUUAAAAUCUGCUUUUUCUGCUUCGAAUUCAACUUACAAGUUUGGCGGUCCGGCGGGACUGUUUAGAGAUAAAAACCACCCCCUCUGUUGGGGCAUUCUUGAAUUUUGCUCUUCUGCUUCGAUUGGUGUCUGCCCUUUGAAGUUUGUUUCUUUUCAUCGGAAAGGCGGAGGAAGCGCCAAAGGAGUUGUUGAUGGGAGUUUGGCGCUGAUCGACGAGAUAUUUGAGAAGUUUCCGAUGCUUAAAACGAUGCCAGUUUCAAAUGACGAGGCAGACAUCGAGACAAAUUGGUCCCGGUCCCUGGAAUGGAGGGGAGACGUGCGGUAUGCCAGUAUGGUGGCAAAAGUAAUAGCAGAUUAUUAUAAAUCAGUGAAAGUGGAGAGAAAAUUGAAGAUCGAGCUCCUGGGCAACGAUAAUGGGUUUCUAAAUUAUCACCCGUUUUAUUUUACACAGAGGACGCUAUUUGCAAGGUUUCAGAUGAACACCACCACGCCCCCUCACAGCCAAUUUAUAAAAAAACCCGUGUACUCGCUAAUGGCCUUAUUAUCCUUUCUGGGGAACUCCUGGAUCCCAACACCGGCACAGGCACAGGCACAGGCAUCCUCUCCUGAUCCCUUAUUAACGACCAUAGCUACGCGGUCGACUAAGCGACACAAGCAGGCAUUUGUUUCCGUCCUUUUGGCUUACGGUAAUGAGACCUACGACGACAACUUGCGAGUAUACUCUAAAAACGUAUCUCUGCGACUGACUGGACUCAACAAUGAAAAGACUUGGAAAUAUACCGUGUAUAAAAUUGAUAAUGUAGAUAGCAAUCCUUUUAAACUCUGGCAAGAGAUGGGAUUCCCAGUUUUUCCAAAUAAGAGUCAAAGGAAGAAAAUGAGGCAAGUAGAAGCUCCUCUCAGGCUAGUUUCACCAACAGAUCUCAAAGAUACAUAUCUUCAAUUUCACCUAACUCUUAACAUGCCCAGUGUACAUUUGGUACAAGUAUGUUCAAAAUCAGAUACUCUCCCUAAGAGAGUGACUUCUGUAAUGUUUUAUAAUGUUACUUGGAAUGAAGUGAUCAUUACCUGGAAGUUUCACUCAAGCAAUGCUAGAUGUUUGCUCAGAUACGAAGUGGAAUACGAACCAGCAGGCAAAUGUAGCAGCACCACCAGGAAUGGUAGCAGCUCUCGAGCUCGACGUCGAUGUUUCGAGAGGAUCAAUCCCCUCGAUGUGGGUGUUUUCAUGUCGUUUCAUCGAGUAGGCGAAGCUUUAGUGGACGGCAAGGCGACUCAUAUACCCUACAGAAAUUCCAAACUCACGCGCUUACUCCAAGAUUCUUUGGGAGGAAACUCCUUAACAGCAAUGAUAGCUAUGGUAAGCCCUAGAGUACAAGAUUGUGAAGAAAGUAUGUACACCCUGAUGUAUGCCGACCGAGUAAAGCAUAUUCAAAAUCAUGUUACUAUAAACAUUGAAUCCAAAAGUGUCAUAGAAAUAUUUGAGACAAAGAUUGCAGAGUUAAGACAACAACUGUUCCUUUUAGAAGCCAGAGAACAGAAACUGGAAAAGAAAGAAAGAAAAAGGCAUAGAACUUCAUCCCACAGUAGUGAAUUAGAACAAAUAGAACUGGAAAAAUGUUCCUUGCAGAACCAAAUAAAUAUUAUUCAAAAAAAGAUCCUUAUAGGCGGGGAAAAUCUCAUCGAAAAAGCUCAACAACAAAUGGAACUACUGGAUAAUUCAUUUAAAGAAAUUCAACACUUAGAUCACUCACAUUCUCUUCUCAAAGAGAUACUCUUUUACAAGGAAAAGGAAAAAACAUUGGUACAAAAAGAAUACGCAGAUCUGCAAGAGGAAGAUAAAGUUCUGGAUGCAAAGAUAGAAGAAACAGAAAAACUUAUUAAUAAGGCCUUAGAGAUUCUCCACACUAAAGAACAAGAGUACCAAAAUGAAAUUUGUUCACUUCUACACACAAAUAAGUACCUGGCAAAGGAACUUGCCUUGGUACAAUUUAUUAUUAAAGAAAGUGUUCCAAAAAGCUACCUAGAUGAACUCAAAAGUGGCAUUGUUUGGGACAACGACAAUCAGGAUUGGCAAGUAAAGGGUAUUGCAUAUUGUGGAAAUAGCCUAAGAAGAACCAGUAGUUGUGGUAUAGUUGAAAGUAGCAAUCCAAGAGCAGUAUAUCUGAAUUAUAGAAGAAAAAGCAAAUCAAAGUCUAGGUAUUAAUAUUUCUGAUAUACAGAUAGUCUAUUUUAUUUACAUAUUUGUUUUAAUAAAUAUAAACAGAG